AUGGGCCUCUUCGUUCUCACAGAGACCAGCGCCGGCUUUGCGCUCUUCAAAGCUGACAAGAAGGCACUGAAAAAGGGUGGCCUCACGGCGGAAGUCGAGACUGCAGAAGGCAUCAAUGGACUCCUGAAAUUGAAGCAGUUCCAGAAGUUUGAUUCUGCUGCUACAGCUUUGGAGGAGGUCGCUACGCUGGUGGAGGGGAAAGUGUCUCCCAUGCUAGCUAAGCUUUUGGACAGCCUCAAAGAUGAGAAAAAGGCAUCUUUGGCUGUGGCCGACCCAAAGCUAGGCCAAGCCAUCAAUAAGCUUCCAGGUCUUACCCUCACGCCAAUCUCCGACUCCACCACGAAUGAUAUUUAUCGUGCAAUUCGCGAUCAUCUCCCGUCGCUCAUCCCAGGUCUCCUACCCGAAAAUAUCUCCACCAUGUCUCUGGGUCUCUCGCAUUCACUGUCCCGCCACAAGCUGAAAUUCUCACCGGACAAGGUGGAUACCAUGAUUGUUCAGGCUAUUUCUCUGCUCGACGACCUAGAUAAGGAGCUGAAUACCUAUGCUAUGCGAGUCAAGGAAUGGUACGGCUGGCAUUUCCCUGAGAUGGGCCGUAUUGUCAAUGAUAACUUAGCAUACGCUCGCGUCAUUCUAAAGGCUGGUAUGCGCACAAAUGCUUCCAACACUGAUCUUACGGAUAUCUUGCCUGAAGAGAUCGAGACUGCUGUGAAGGCUGCUGCCGAAGUCAGCAUGGGCACCGAAAUCACUGAGAUAGACCUGGAGAACAUCAAGCUCCUUGCUGAACAGGUCGUUGGAUUCACUGAAUAUCGCCAGCAACUGUCGAGCUACCUGAACGCUCGUAUGCAAGCAAUUGCGCCAAAUCUGACAGAGCUAGUUGGUGAGCUUGUCGGAGCGAGACUUAUUGCUCACUCCGGAUCUCUCAUGAACCUUGCCAAGAGCCCUGCCAGUACGAUCCAGAUCCUUGGUGCAGAGAAGGCUCUCUUCAGAGCACUGAAAACAAAGCAUGAUACACCCAAAUAUGGUUUGAUCUACCAUGCAUCACUUGUUGGGCAGGCUACUGGAAAGAACAAGGGUAAGAUUGCUCGUAUGUUGGCCGCAAAAGCUGCAAUUGCUCUUCGUGUCGAUGCUCUUUCGGACUGGAGUGCUCAGGGUGAAGGGAAGGGUGAUGACGUGGAUGACGAGGAGAGGUCAAGACUAGGUGUCACGUCUCGUUCCAAGUUAGAACGCCAUCUUCGACUGUUGGAAGGCAAGCCAAUCCUUCCCAGAGGUGUUGCAAUCGGACCUAAUGGCAAGCCGGCGGUAACCCCUGGUAAGUGGGAAGUUAAGGAGGCGCGGAAAUAUAACCCCGAUGCCGAUGGACUGGCUGGCGAUGAGCCUGCCGCAGUUGUUGCCGCCUCUGAGAAGAAGGCAAAGAAGGAUAAAAAGUCCAAGGAUGAGACAAAACCAAAGGCCAAGGAAGCUAAGAAGUUGAUUGAAGAGGUCUCGGAUGACGAGUCAGAGUCAGAUGAAGAAUCGGACGAAGACUCGGAUGAGGAGAUGGCUGAUGUCGAUGCUAGCCCAUCCAAUGGGACCAAGGCUACCAAUGGAGAUGAUAUGUCAGACACUCUUUCCACUGUCUCCUCAGAUACUCCCGAGGCCCCGGCCUCACCAGAGGCUAAUUGGCAAUCUUCUAUAACCGGCAAUACGAUAGAGGCGAAGAAGGCACGGAAGAAGGAGCGUCAUGAACGAAACUUAGCGAUGGCUGACGAGAAGUCCAAGAAGAGGAAGGAGCGAAAGGAGGAGGCUGCCAAACGAGCUGAGCGUGAAGAGCGAAGACAGAAGAAAGCGGAGCAAGAGGCACGAAGAGCAGCUAGAGAAACCGGAAGUUCGUCGCCAGAAUCUGCCGAGGACCCAGAUGUGAAGCUUGCAGCGCUCACAGGUCUCAGCCUCGAGAAGUAUAAGAAGAAAUUCGCAAACGGGCAGAUCAGCAUUACUGCGGAGGGUACCCCUGUCGUCAUUAGCAAGAAGGACCUCAAGAAACAGUUGAAGAAGGAGAAGAAGGCAGGAAAGGAGGACAAGGCUGACAAGGCCAGUACCAAGAAGAGGAAGUUGGAUGGUGAUGAUGUCGAGAAAUCGGAGAAGAAGAAAAAGAAGAAGAGCAAGGAUUGA